CACGAUCUACGCUGUACUGUCUGAAGUCAGGCGUUUCCGGAGCGCCGCCGCCAGCCGCCACGCCGCCACCGAGAAAUCGAGAACCGGUCAAGUUGAUCUAAGAUCUAACUUCAGACGCGUGACAGUUUAUUACGGCACCAGGUGUACCGGUCGGCCGACCUAACCUCAGCAGACGCACGAGCGUUUACGGCGCCGAGUGUAUCGAUGGUUGACUUGAACUCGAUUUCUAUCGAUCGAUCGAAUCGCGCUUUUCAAAUCGCCGCGGGAUUCGAAGCGUCGCGCGACUCGGCGCGACAAAUCGGCGACAAUUUCCGUAAUUUACAGGGCCGAGUCUAUAUUUGGAAGCACGAUUUGUGGGACACUCCGCGGGUGCUUCUCGCAGCUGCGACCAGCUGCGACGGGGGGGACGGUCGCGAUGGGGGAACGCCGUCUUUCGCAACUCAACGGCUCUUUCGCAACUCUACCCUCUCUACGCAAACCGCCUCUCCAUUCUGGAGCAGACUCGCGACGAGACGCGCUCCUUUCCUCCGCGCGUUUCGAAGCGUUAUCUGAGCGAGAUCAGGUGUCACCGAUCGCCGAUAGGCCAACACCCGUGGGCGUUUCGUACACGAAACACCUAUGGACGCAGCUGCACGCGCACGCGAUCGUAGAUCUCUCUGGAUCUCUCCGACACCCAUCGAGUUGCAUAGGGCAUGGCAAGUUCAUGCUUCAGUGAUGUGGACGAAUAUGGUUUCGAACGACCACACGACUUCGAUUAUGAAACAUACGAAGACUUUAUGUCCGAGUACCUCAAGGUGCUCGCAAAGAUGGCCAAAAAGUGGGCGAAAGUUAUCGGCGAGGGAAAAUCCCCGCAGCGAAGCAUCACGCUCAAGAAAUACGUUCGUAAGGGCAUUCCAGGGGAACACAGAGGACUGGUAUGGCUCGCUGUGAGCGGUGGAGAAGACAUGAAGAAUGCGUCGCCGGAUCUCUAUCAAAAGUUAUUGCUGUCGCCUCACAACGCAGAAACCGCUGAGAUUAUUAAAACUGACCUGCCAAGAACAUUUCCAGACAAUAUAUUCUUUAAUAACACGGAGAAUCAGCAGCAUCAAUUAUACAACGUUUUGUUGGCUUUCGCUCAUCAAAACAAAACUGUCGGAUAUUGCCAGGGUUUAAACUAUGUAGCAGGUUUACUUCUGCUUGUAACAAAGAGCGAAGAGACAGCAUUUUGGUUAUUAAAAGUGCUGAUUGAUAAAAUCCUGCCGGAUUAUUACACAUGCACUAUGGACGGCCUACUCACCGAUAUCGACGUGCUCGCAGAAUUAGUAAGAAUAAAAAUGCCUGAUGUGUAUCAACAUGUAACAAACGUAGGAUUGCCUUGGCCAGUAAUCACGACUAAAUGGUUUGUGUGCUUGUUCGCUGAAGUUUUACCUAUCGAGACUACUCUACGUAUUUGGGAUUGUCUCUUUUACGAGGGUACCAAGAUUAUCUUUCGUGUCGCAUUGACGCUCAUAAAAAGGAAUAGAUCUAAUAUAUUGGCUUGCCAAGAUUUUACAACAUUAGCCGAAUGUUUCAAGGAAAUUACGCAAGAUAGUAUUGUUUUGCGAUGUCACGAGUUUAUGCAGAGUAUUUUUAAAGUACCUGGAUCACUGCCUGGGAAUACAAUAACAAAACUAAGAACAAAGACCAUGCAACAACAUAUAAAACGAAAGCAAGAUAAGUUGGAACGAUAGUAUUAAUGAUCAACUUUUUCCACAUACACCGAAAGAUAUUCUAGUCUAUUAUGUUAUUCGUUUGCAUCUUCUGCAAAGUGAAUGCAUAUAAAGCUGUAUUAUAUUGUUACUGCAUAAUUAUGCUAUUCUAUAUUGCUGUACAUAUAAUGUUUUUUAGUAAUGUAAGUAUGAUACAUUUACUCAAUUCUUUUAAGUUUAUCUUUGUUUAUUAUUGUAUAUACAUUGUAUAAUAUAAUUAAAACAAGCUAUAAAUAUUUUA